GUAUAUUGUAUCACACGUUAUACAAAGUUUCAAAUGAUAACGUUUACUAAACAUAUACAGCACGCAACUUUCCUCGUUCGAAAGUUUUGCUCUUUUUAAAACUUUUUUCGCAAGAUAAUUGAAAUAUCUGUUAUUUAACAAGUAUAUUAAUAUGAUUCCCCGAAGAAGAAGACAGUGGAAAACAUCUUUGUAUGCGUAUAAAAUUUUUUAAAACAUAACCCCAAAAUGUGACAGUGAUAUGUUUUUGAAAACAAAUAAUCUAAACCAAAACAGUACUUCAUCAUCAUUGAUAGACAUUGGAUUAAUAGUAUUGACACAUAACCACAAUACUUAAGAACAAUUAUAAUUACUGGACAACAGUUACAUUUGUAACAAAUUAAAUUACAUAAAGUUUAUACUGCUUAUUGUCACAUUGUCUUUUCGGGUUUGUGUUGUGAAAAAUAAAAAUGUUCAAAAUGACGGGGUUAAUCGUCGUACUUUUAUGCUCAUGCAUCGUUUCUACUAUUGCCGAGGAACUUAACACAACAUCGUCUGAUUUUGAUAAUAUGAUUCCAUCAAGUUCUAGAUCGAAUGAUAAUCUUAACACGUUGGAAAUGAUAACGGAGGAAGGAUAUCCAGCUGAAGCUCAUACUGUGGAAACGGAAGACGGCUACCUCUUAACAAUGCAUCGAAUCCGUGGGAAUCCCGGAUCACCUGCGAUUUUCUUGCAACAUGGUGUACUUGGUAGUUCCGCUGAUUGGGUUAUUCUUGGAAAAGGAAAAGCUCUCGCUUAUCUAUUAGCUGACCAAGGUUACGAUGUCUGGCUUGGUAAUUUCCGUGGAAAUACUUAUUCAAGGGCGCAUAUUAGUUUGACUACUCUCGACCCUAAGUUUUGGGACUUCAGCUGGCAUGAAUCAGGCAUUUACGAUUUACCAGCGAUGAUCAAACAUGUAGCACAAUACAAACAACAGAAUCUGAGAGCGUACAUCGGUUUCUCUAUGGGGACAACAUGUUUCUAUGUGAUGGCUACCGAGCGGCCGGAAGUGACAAAGUAUCUGCAGUCCGUGUAUAAUUUGGCCCCAGUGGUCUACAUGAAGCAUGUGGAAAGCCCUUUGAAAUACUUUGCACCAAUAGCAACAAAUUUUAAGACGAUUUUCUCUCUGCUCGGAGAAACCGAAUUCCUGCCACAGAGUAAAGUUAUUAAAUUUCUGGCAAAAACUAUGUGCGACGUUUUUUCUUGGCAAAACAAGAUUUGCGCCAACAUGAUGUUCAUUAUUGCUGGAUUCGACGCGGACCAAUUUGAUUAUUCGUUGUUGCCCACGAUUUUGAACCAUACGCCAGCGGGUACCUCAACUAAGACUAUGAUCCAUUACGCCCAAGAAAUUAAAUCCGGAUACUUCAGGCAAUUUGAUUAUGGCCCAUUACGAAAUGUACUUUAUUAUAAAAGCACUUCACCACCUAAUUAUGACUUGUCGAAGAUUACGGUACCAAUUGUAAUGUUCUGUGGUAGUAAUGAUUGGUUGUCUGCUCCUGAGGAUGUAGCGCGUUUAGUGCAUGAGUUACCGCAACAGGCAAUGGUCUACAAAGUGCCAUAUAAGAAGUUCAACCACAUAGAUUUUUUGUGGGCCAAUAAUGCUCCACAAUUAGUUUAUAAAAAAAUACUUGUUCUGUUGAGCCGUGGUGUAUGAUAAACGCUUAUAUAUAAUACAUAAGAAGUUAUAGCAUUGCCAUAAUAGAUGGAAUAAGUAAGAAGACAAACAUGUCGCCGAAGUUCCUUCGUUUCUUCGUUUUAUGAUCUAUUUAGUUUUUAUAAUUUUUAUAAUUUACAUAAUUAAUGAUUGAAAAUUAUAAUUGAAGCAAAGAAAUAUUUACACAAAUGUUUAUUUGAGUUCAUUAAGAAUAUUCGGUUGUUAUGUUGUAGUAUAUCAUUAUUUAUAAUAUUGCAUUAUAUAAUUUAUAUAAAUAAACUGCGAUAUUACUCAACCAAAUGCAAACUAUUACGCUUAAAUAUGCAAAGUCCAUUACAAAAUUAAUCCAUAACGAUCUUAAUCAGGUGAUAAAGUAUUCAUGAUAAUUGACAAUAAACCGUAUUAUUAUUAUUUUACGUGCUGUUUUUGCAAAGCAUUUGGCAUGACGAAUUUCGUAAUUAUGUCUUUACGAUUGCUCAUCUUUCUUCUGCGGUUUCCUCGCUUGACACAAUAUUCUUAGGUUUUAACUGAAUGUCUCAAUUAAAAGAAUAGUAUAACUACGUAGUUGGUUCUUUUUAGUUCAUAAUAUAUAAUAUUAUUAACGUAAAUUCUGGCAUGUAACCGUUACACGUAUUUAAAUA